AGUGCGUCAGAGCCAACACGUUUCUCCGAUGCUCAGCGUCGCAGGUCAUCUUCAGACGCUACAUUGUAUCCGAUUUAAAGGCUACAUUUCUCUGCAUCCCUGAACCACGACGCUCCGCAGACUUUUCUCCAGAGUCGUCUGCUUUUCCGACAGCACGAUGGGGAAGAGAAGCAGGCAGCGGCAGAAGAACCAGAACACCGGCAGAGACGACCGAGACAACGCAGGCUGGGGAGCUGGCUAUGCUGACAUUGUGAAGGAGAAUAAGCUCUUUGAGCACUACUACCAAGAGCUGGGCCUGGUGCCGGAGGGGGAGUUUGAACAGUUUAUGGAUGCAAUGAGGGAACCGCUGCCAGCGACCAUCCGCAUCACUGGAUACAAGAGCCAUGCCAAGGAAAUCCUCCACUGUCUGAAGGACAAAUACUUUAAGGAUAUUCAAGAGGUGGAGAUAGAUGGUCAGAAGAUUGAGGCUCCACAGCCUCUGAGCUGGUAUCCGGAUGAGCAGGCCUGGCACACCAACAUGAGCAGGAAGAUCAUUAGGAAGUCUCCUCUGCUGGAGAAGUUCCACCAGUUUCUGGUCAGCGAGACUGAGUCGGGUAACAUCAGCAGACAGGAAGCAGUCAGUAUGAUUCCUCCUCUCCUCCUGAAGAUUGAGUCGCACCACAAGAUCCUGGACAUGUGUGCAGCUCCAGGGUCAAAGACGGCCCAGCUGAUCGAGAUGCUCCACUCGGACAUGGACGUGCCAUUUCCAGAGGGCUUCGUCAUCGCCAACGACGUGGACAACAAGCGCUGCUACCUGCUCGUGCACCAAGCCAAGCGUCUCAACAGCCCCUGCAUCAUGGUGGUCAACCACGACGCCUCCUGCAUCCCCACGCUCAAGAUCGACGUGGACGGCAAGAAGGACAACCUCUUCUACGACCGCAUCCUGUGCGACGUGCCCUGCAGCGGUGACGGCACCUUGAGGAAGAACAUAGACGUGUGGAAGAAAUGGACGACCAGCAACAGCCUGCACCUCCACGGGCUCCAGCUGCGUAUCGCUGUGCGUGGUGUUGAACAGCUGGCUGUGGGAGGGCGGAUGGUGUACUCCACCUGUUCACUCAACCCUAUAGAGGACGAAGCCGUCAUCGCAGCACUGCUGGAGAAGAGCGAAGGAGCGUUGGAGCUGGCUGACGGCUCAGCUGCUCUGCCAGGGCUGAAGUGGAUGCCCGGGGUCAGUUCCUGGAAGCUGAUGACCAAAGAGGGCACGUGGUUCUCCGACUGGUCCAAGGUGCCAACCCAUCGUCAAACGCAGAUCCGCCCCACCAUGUUCCCUCCAGAAGACCCAGAGAAACUUGCUGAGAUGCAUCUGGAGAGAUGUAUGAGGAUUCUGCCACAUCACCAGAACACUGGAGGUUUCUUUGUGGCCGUGCUGGUGAAGAAAGCCCCGAUGCCUUGGAACAAAAGAUUUCCCAAGCUGAGGAAGGACGUCUCGUCCGGCUCAGCGCUUCAGACUGAAGGCUCCCCGGCGGCCUCGACCCCGGCGGACGCUGCCCGCCUCCCCGAGAGUAUGGAGGAGGGGGGGAAGGGGGGAGGACCAGAGGGAAAAGCCGAGGAGGAGGCACUCAAAGGAGCUUCUUCUGCCCAGGAGUCCACUGCUAGACAAGAUGGAGUGUGCGGGCCUCCAGCCUCCAAGAAGAUGAAGCUGUUUGGUUACAAAGAAGACCCCUUUGUGUUCCUGACUGAAGAAGACCCCGUCUUCACCACCAUACAAUCUUUCUACGAUCUGGCACCCAACUUCCCCAAGCUCAACGUUCUGACCAGGACCCACGACGGCAAGAAGAGACACCUGUACAUGGUGUCCAAAGAGCUCCGCAACGUGCUGAUCAAUAACAGCGAGCGCAUGAAGGUCAUUAACACAGGGGUGAAGGUGUGGUCUCGCAACAGUGAUGGAGAGGAGUUUGGCUCUCCCUUCAGACUGGCUCAGGAGGGUAUCUACACUCUUCAGCCGUACAUUCGCUCCAGGAUCAUCAGAGUGAGUGUGGAGGACAUCAAAGUGCUGCUGACCCAGGAGAACCCCUACCUCAGCAAACUGGAGCCGGAGGCCCACGCUCAGGCCAAGAAAUUGGUAAUGGGUAGCAUUGUGCUGAAGUACAUUCCCAACCCAAAUAACCCAGAGGACCCUCAGUGUCCCAUCCAGCUGUGUGGCUGGAGGGGAAAGACGUCCAUCCGAGCCUUCGUGCCCCGCAACGAGAGGUUUCACUACCUCCGAAUGUUAGGCGUGGAGGUCUUCAGAGAAAAACAGGGCGUCGGGGGCGCAGAGAAGGAAGUGGUAGAGGGUGAGGCGGCAAAGGACGGGGAGGAGGGAGAAAAAGCGGCAGAAAAGGAGGCAGAGAUGGACUUGGAGAACGGUGAUGGAAACAGAUCAUCGGAACCAAAGAAGUAGAAGCGAAAGGAUGUCGAGGAGGCGGUGGAGAGAAAGGAGGACUGACUGAGAACGUAUCGGAGCUCUAAGAGCUGUUGAUCAGGUCAAAGAUCACAUGACGCGGUAGAGGAGGAGGAUGUGCCUCUACGGGUUUCUCUGCUCACCACACUGUCACUGCAGAGAUGGACUCCUUUUAGGAUUAUUGCUUUUUGGAUCUCCUCCAGGAGUCAGCUGUUUUAGUUCAAUGGCUUGUGUUAUUUUAUGUUUGUUUUUUUAUAUUUUAACAAACAUAUUCCACUGAAUGAGUGGCAUCAAUUUUUUUUUUUUUUCGUUGCUCAUGUUUAUAGAGGUUUAUAAUAACUGCCAUCUCAAUUUCUACACCUGUAAUCAAGCGGAAAUAAGGAGUUGAUUAAAAGCGUUAACUGUCUCCCCAACUGUUCAAAUAAUUUGACUUCAUGCUCAUUCUUGAUCUACUGAAGUAUUAAAGGCAUGAUUUGAAGGGGUUGAUUUAAUCUGCAAAUUACAGACACAAUAAGCAUCAUUAAGGAAUUAAAUAUGCAGUUGGAAAUAAAGUUGGGGUGCUGCAAGUUUUAUUUUAUUUUUUAAUGUUUUUAAUACAACAUUAAGAAACAGUGACAUUCAUAUUAAUUACAUUUUACUUUUCUGUUUUCAGUUGUAGAAUAAUGAAAGAAAUAAGCUAGUAUAGUGAACAGAAUCAUCUUUUCUUUUUGCAAAGUAUGUGAACAUACAAGGAAUAUGAUUUGCAUCUCUUGAUGUUCUUAACAGAAGUAGAAAUAAAAGCUACGGACAAGAAAUACACAACUGACAAAUAAAAGGUAAAGAGACAGGACUGAAAAAA